UUUGAAAGUAGAAGCAAUAUCAAAACAACCGGUCUGUGUUCAAAAUUUAAAAAAAUAGAAUAGUAUACCUAAUCUAGGAACUGUGGUAAUAACUAUAUAAAGCCAUCUUUACUGUUUUAUAGGAGGUUAAUGACCUCCUAUAAAAUUUAUAAUAAUCGUCUGAUGUCUAUAGCAAAUCAAUAAUAAGACCGAUUGAUGCCUACCUGAGGUACGGCGAGCCGCUAGUUGCGCUUUGCGACCAUACGAUUCGGCUUCUGCGCGCACGGCUCAGGUUAAUAAUUGAUUAAUGAUUGUAUGCCCGGUGGCCGGCGUGGCGGCCGCAGAGUUACGGAACAAAGACUUAUUAAGUCUACAUGUUGAUGCUGUGUUUCUAGUAAUUCAAAGAACAAAAAAUCACCGAUAAGUUAUGCACAGUAAAUACUUGUUUAUUUGCCAAUUUGAGAAUCUCCGGAAUUUUGCUUGAUUACUUGAUAAAUCAUGUCUCGGAAUUUUAACAACUGGACCAGACCUCGAGGAACCAGAGGCAGAAGUUGGGGUUCAUCGAAUCAAAGGGGAAUACCGCCGGGACUGCGAGGCAAACAAAUUGGAUUAUAUUUCAGGGAUCAAAGCUUGAAAAAAAAGAAACCGAAGGAUCGUGUGAUUAAUUUGACCAUUCCUACCCAUAUUAUGUCAGCAGUGGAAAAAAACUUGUCAAUGAUAUCAAAAAUAGCUUCUCGCUGUAAUAUCAAAAUUCCUCAGCCUAAAAGUUUUAUGAUAAAGAAAGAACCAGAUUUGGACAUGGACAGUAAUCGUGAUACUAAAAAAAUCAAGGUUGAAAAAGAACCAGCAUGGACCCAAUCCAACAUAACUGAAGUUAAAACAGAAACUGAGGUAAAAAGUGCAAUCAAAGUUGAAAACACUUGCGAGCCUAGUACCUCUGAUUUUAUUCCUAUUAGUAAACAGGAACCAGUGUUGGAUUCACCCAAAUCAAGAUGUCUUAGCUUAAGACGCAUGUGUGACUACAAGUAUGGGUAUGAAGAUAUCAUAACAGGAACAUUCAAUGAGAAACUUGACAUAUGCCUUUCAAAAGGCAUCAGUAUUAAUUUCAUAAAUGAAGAAAUCCAAAAUUUAAACACAGCCUUGUAUAUAGAAUAUGAAGAAAUGACAAAGAGUCAUAGUUACAAAGAGAUGUUGAAGUUUAGAGAGAGAUUACCUGCUUAUGUGAAAUCCAAGGAAAUUUAUAAUGCUAUCAACAAUAGUCAGGUUGUUGUAAUAAGUGGAGAGACUGGUUGUGGGAAAUCUACUCAGGUACCGCAAAUAAUUUUAGAUACAGCCCUGCAAGCCAAAAAAGGUGCUAAUGUAAAAGUUCUUGUUACUCAACCAAGGCGUAUAGCUGCAUCAUCAUUGGCUAUGAGAGUUUCCAAAGAGAGAAAUGAAAAUCUUGGAAAUUCUGUAGGGUAUGCUGUCAGAUUAGAGAAAGUCGAAGAAAGACCCAGAGCUAGUAUCCAAUAUUGCACUACAGGCAUUCUCUUGGCGAAUCUUGAAAUGGACCAAUCCUUGUCGGACUACAGCCACAUAAUUCUGGACGAAGUACAUGAAAGGGAUGUUCAUGUCGACUUAUCAAUGUGCAUGUUGAAACAGGUACUAAAAAAACGUACAGAUUUAAAACUAAUCCUUAUGAGCGCCACAAUAGAUGCUGACAGUCUCUCCCAAUACUUUGAUGACUGCCCUUUGUUGCACAUAGAAGGGCUAGCCUACCCAGUCCAGGAUAUUUAUUUGGAACAAAUACUGGAAAUGACUAAAUUCAAACUGCCUUUGGAAAAACCCAGAAAUGUACCUAAAUGGAAAAGAUAUGCAAAUAAAGGCGUUCCUGAUGAGAUGGAGAAAAGUAUCAAAUACAGAGCUGAGAUCAGUCCUUGGCUGGAAUCAAAAAAGAGCGAGCUCAGUAAUGAAGUAUACAAAACAUUACAGGAUUGUAGGAUUGAAUCGUUACAUUUGGGACUGAUAAUGGAACUAUUGAUACAUAUUUGCGAGAAGGAACCACCGGGUGCCAUACUAGUAUUUUUACCGGGAAUGGGCGACAUUAAGAAAUUAAAGUCGAUAAUGGAAGAUUCGCAACAAUUCCCGCCUUCACGUUUUGAGAUAUAUCCAUUGCAUUCAAAGUUGGCAACACUUGAACAGCAUAAGAUAUUUGCGCGGCCGCCAGAACAUAUAAGAAAGAUUAUUAUAGCAACUAAUAUAGCUGAAACGUCGAUUACGAUAGAUGACGUGGUAUAUGUUGUGGAUUGUGGGAAAAUAAAAAUAAACGGUUUGAAUAUCGAAACAAAUAUAUCGACCUUGAGCACAGAAUGGAUGUCACAGGCUAAUUUACGUCAAAGACGAGGCCGUGCCGGUAGGUGUCAACCGGGUGUGUGCUAUCAUCUCCUGACUUCUUAUCGAGCGGAAGCUAUCCCAGAGCGUUUGUUACCUGAGUUACAGCGGAGCAAUCUCCUGGAACCAGUGCUCAUGAUAAAGAGGCUCAGGCUUGGUUUAGCGGCAGAGGCCCUAAAAAUGGUCCCGUCACCGCCGGCUCAGGCCACUAUCAGUAGGGCUGUGCAACACUUGCAAAGCUGUGGCGCAUUAGAUGAAACGGAAACUUUAACACCCUUGGGAUGGCAUCUAGCGAGGUUACCUGUACACCCAGCGGCUGGUAAACUGUUACUUCUCGGUGCACUUUUCGGCUGCCUCGAUCGAGCUGCUAGCGUUGCUGCUGUUUGGGGCUUCAAGGACCCCUUCCAACUAGUCCUCGGUAAAGAGCAAGAAGUGGACCGGGCAAAACGUAGUUUCGCCCUAGGGGAACCCAGCGACCACGUUGCGAUAUCCGAAGCAAUCAUCAGAUGGGAAGAGUGUUGGGGAAAAAAACGACGCGCAUUCGCAUACGAGAAUUUCCUAUCCAACAAUACACUAGAAUUACUGACUGAAAUGAAAAAACAAUUAGCCGAUAAUCUGCGACAAAUGGGAUUUUUGUCGUCAGGAAAUAUAAAAUCCUCGUAUGAAAACAGAAACUCGAACAAUAUGAGUUUGUUUAAAGGCAUAAUAGCUGCGUCGUUGUAUCCAAACAUCGCUCAUGUCAGAUGGACCUGCUUAAACCAAGGUCGUAAGGUUCCAAGAUUUGUGGCACGCAGCCCUGAAGAUGGUAAACUGACCAUACACCCAAGCAGUGUAAUGUGUAUGCCCAAGUUCAAAGGUAGUUAUGGUAGCGUGAAGCUAUGUGACAACCCAGGCGCCAACUGGUUGGUGUACUGGCUGAAGCAAAGAUCCAGUGAUCUGUUUAUAUUUGACGUCACCCUUAUUUAUACUCUGCCAUUACUGUUCUUCGGGGAAUUUAUGAUUACCGACGAUGAAGAAGAUCCGAAUAGCUGUUUUAUGUCGAUAAUGAAUGUCAAAGUCCGAUGCAAAAAAGACAAUGCAAGCAAACUCUUUGAACUGAGAUGCCUAUUGGAUAAGGUUCUAGCGUCAAAGAUCACCGACACGAUGAGUCAUUCCACACAACACAAUGAGUUUGAAGAACAUGUUCUAAACACAUUAAUUCAACUUAUAACUGCAGAGGACGAGAAAGCUGAAUAUUUGGGUGAAGACUUCCCAGAAUCCGAUAACUCUGAAAGUGAAUAUGAUAGUAGAAACUAUUAAGAAGAUAUAAUGGAAUUAUGAGAUGUCAUGGACAUUUACCAAAGAUCUUUAUUGAACUAUUUAGAACUAAGAAGACUUAUAUCUUAAGCGAAGUCAUUGUUUAAAAAUUUCUGGCUAUGUGCAAUUUUAAACUUAGUAACUUUUGUAAAUCACUCUUUUCUUAUGUGUAUUACAGACUUGUAUUAACAAAGAAUGAAGUCAAAGUGUAUUGAUCCUAUCUGGCAUAGCAACCGUCCGCCAUUUAGAUUUUGAAUGUAAGUGGUAUGGUUUGUAUGGAAAAGUCUAUGCCAGCUUCAAUUCUAAAAUGAUACGAUCAAUGUUUACUAUAGUCAGCAAUUUCUAAUAUAAUAUUAGACAAGGUUCGAUUAUUCGGAACGUCAAUGUAAUUUUCAUAAAAUACCGUAAUAAAACGUUUAUUUAUGUGUC